AUGGACAAUGCGAAUCCAAUCGUGUAUGCAACGCACGCAAGCCAACGCGAAGAUACACAGCGCUCCGAUCCCACCGAGUGGUGGCGCGACACACGCUUAGCGCCCCACACCUCGAUAUUUACCGACAACGACGAGGAGGACGCGGUAGAAACGUCCAACGACGUUAUCGAUGCGCGCGAGGUCUUCGAUCUUGUGCGCUCCAUCACCGACCCCGAGCAUCCACUCACGCUGGAACAGCUCGCUGUGGUAAACGAAUCGCAUAUCCAGGUCGACGAGGGUGAUCUUUCCGCAAAGCGCCCUGCAUCCGUCACCCUCGCAUUCACGCCUACCAUUCCCCACUGCAGCAUGGCGACACUCAUCGGUCUUUCCUUGCGUGUGCGCCUUUUGCGUGCGCUUCCGUCGCGGUAUAAGGUCAACAUCUCCAUUCAGCCCGGCACGCACCAGUCGGAGAAUGCCAUCAACAAGCAGCUGAACGACAAGGAGCGCGUCGCAGCGGCGCUCGAGAACAAGCACUUGCUCGGCGUUGUGCACGGAUGCCUCGCGUCGAGUGCACAGCGCGGUGCAGGUCCUAGCGUGCGCGUUUUGUAA